AUGCAGCCCUCUUCUGCUGUCAAGCGUGCAUAUGACAGUAGUGUUAGUGGGGUUUGUGCACGUCGAUUGAUGCAGUAUCUCUAUCAUCAAAGGCAACGGCCAAAUGAUAAUAGUAUUGCCUAUUGGAGAAAAUUUGUUGCGGAAUAUUACUCUCCUCGUGCAAAGAAACGGUGGUGCUUGUCAUUAUAUAGCAACGUUGGGCAUCAUGCACUUGGUGUUUUCCCCCAAGCAGCUAUGGAUGCAUGGCAUUGUGACUUGUGUGGUUCUAAAUCUGGAAAGGGAUUUGAGGCAACUUAUGAAGUAUUACCUAGACUUAAUGAAAUCAAAUUUGGCAGUGGAGUGAUUGAUGAACUUUUGUUUCUGGACUCAUCACGUGAACAAAGAUUUCCGUCUGGUGCAAUGAUGAUAGAAUUUGCAAAAGCAGUUCAAGAGAGUGUAUAUGAGCAGCUUCGUGUUGUUCGUGAAGGUCAACUUCGAAUCAUAUUCACUCAAGACUUGAAGAUACUGUCUUGGGAGUUCUGUGCAAGGCGCCAUGAAGAACUUCUUCCUCGAAGGUUGGUUGCACCUCAGGUCAACCAAUUAGUUCAGUUGGCUCAAAAAUGCCAGAGUACAAUUGCUGAAAGUGGGGCAGAUGGGGUUUCUCAGCAAGACUUACAAACUAACAGCAACAUGUACGUUAAUGUACUUUUUCCUUUGUGAUUGGCGUAUUUGGUAAAUCCUUCUCAGUUAAUAUAUAUCUGUUGAUUACAUGCCUUAUGUUUUUUUGUAAUUUUGGUAUGGUGCAUUUUUAUUUUUUAUUUUUUGGCUGGAUAGAUGUAGAAACAAUUCUAGAAAGGAAAAUAUGACGCAAAAUAUUAUUUUGCUACAUGUAUGGGCUUCUCUGAAUGUCAUCUUUUCUUCUUCUUUUGUUGGGUUUGGUGGCACAAGAGCUGUUAGUGGCAAGGUGAUGCGAGCUCUUUUGGGCUUUGCAUGUUUCAGUUUACUUUUUAUGCAAAAUUCUACUUCAGUAAAAAGUACUUAUACUAUUCCAUGUCAAUUUGUCAAUAACCAAACAAAGAAAUUAAAAGAUCUAGCUGUAGUAUAAGAUUUUCAUUUGUUGGCAUGCUUGCUUGUAUUCUGGUUCUCUACAAAAAUAUCAUUUUUUUAACAUAGAUCUUUAAGUUAUGCAGUCGGUUUAUGACAGAUAUUAUUCUAAACUAUUAGCAUCUCAUGCCAUCUUAAGCAUAUAUUAGAAUUUGUGAUUUUGCUUCCCUUUUGUUAACCAUAUUCUGUAGUUAUCUAACCAAAAGAAAAGGCUAAAAACCUAUUUUGGUCCCUUAUAAUAAUUGUUUGUUUCAAUUUAGUC